AUGAUGCACCCGGCGAGACAAGCAUAUGUGGAGGAGGAUGCACCCGAGGAUACAGAGAUGGGGGUGGACCUCGCGAAUAUACCCCUCGACCGGGAUCACUACCUUCCUACUGCAGCUGCUGGCAUCGCACCAGAAAAGGCAUCAGCUAUCCUCUCACAAUUUUCCCGACGACGGCGAGCAGCAGCCAUAGCUGUCCCGACAGACGAUGGCCGGGUCCGGUCACGAUUACGUGAAAUGGGCGAGCCUAUAACGCUCUUUGGGGAAGGACCUGGAGAUAGAAGGGACAGAUUGAGGGAGCUUUUGACGACUCAGGCCGAGCUUGAUGCCGGAGAGGAUGGCGAGGGCGACAUUCAAAUGCAGGACGGGUCACAGGAAGGUGCCCAAGGAGAGCAAGAUGAAGAGUUCUACACCGAGGGGAUGCCGGAGCUGCUGGAAGCUCGAAAGGCUGUAGCAAGAUUUUCAAUGCCAAGGGCAAGGGACAGGAUUGCCAAUCAGAAGUUGGAAUCAACGAUACCCCUACGUACGCAUGUUAAGCACCGAAAAGCGAUUAAGGAGCGGCUUGCAAAGUUCGAGCUGUUCGGUACCCAGAUCGCUGGUGAUCGCCCUGUGAGCAUUACUCGCUUCUCGCCCAAUGGGGAGUUGAUUGCUGCCGGAAAUUGGUCUGGCGGAAUAAAGCUCCUCGAUGUACCCAAUCUGAACGAGAAAAGGACUUUGAGAGGACACACGGAUCGAGUAGGAGGAAUCAGCUGGUACCCAGACGCUACUCUACCGGGCAGCACUGUCUCCGAAGAAGCAAUCAACCUGGCUAGCAGCGGCGGAGAAGGCAACAUCCAUCUUUGGAAUCUAAAACAAGACACUCCUAUCUCUACUCUAUCAGGCCACACCGCGCGAGUCUGUCGAGUCGAAUUCCACCCUUCCGGUCAAUAUCUCGCAUCAGCCUCUUAUGAUACCACAUGGCGAUUAUGGGAUGUCGCUACAACAACAGAGCUACUACUCCAAGAAGGCCAUUCACGGGAAGUCUAUACGUUGAGCUUCAACACCGAUGGAAAUCUGCUCGCCAGCGCCGGGCUUGACAGCAUCGGCAGGAUAUGGGACUUGCGCACUGGGAGGACUGUCAUGAUUCUCGACGGCCACAUCAAAGACAUUUAUGCUCUAGACUGGAGCUAUGACGGACACAGGGUCCUAUCUGGGGCAGCAGACGGAUGGGUCAAGUGCUGGGAUGUGCGUAUGGUGCGGCAGAAUGGCCAAGUAGGGGCUCACAAAGGGAAUGUCUCCGAUAUACGGUGGUUCAAGGGCGAAGAUUGCACGUUGGCGCCAGAGAAGGAUGACAAGGGGGACGUUCAGCCGAAGAAGUCGGGGACGUUUUUCGUUUCAAGCGGGUUCGAUAAGAACGUCAACAUCUUCUCCGCGGAUGACUGGGCGCUUGCAAAGACCUUGAGUGGGCAUUCGGGCAAUGUUCUGUCCUGUGAUGUGUCUCGCUCGGGCCGGUGGAUCGCGAGUAGCGGCCACGACAGAACGGUGAAGCUUUGGGGUUGUGACGAUGGUGGAGCUGUGUAG